GUUAUUGUCUGACUACUUAAUUAGCAGGUUGUUCACAAUGUAUAUAGUUCAGUAAAUUAGUAUUUAUAAGUAAAAACUUUCCAUGUAUCAAAAGUCUUACAUGUUAUUGUCUGACUAGUUAAUCGAAUACUUCUGAAAUAUAUUGUGUCGGAGAGUUGUGUUCCUGGGUAUCUAUCAUAUCGACACUUCUAUGCAAGUCAAUCAGUAAUAUUCCAUUAUUUGGUUCGACUUGCCAUUAUCCUUUUUCUCAAUUGAAAGUGACACACCAUUUUAUAAACUGAAAGUAACAAUGAGAAAUAUGUUGUGUAAACAUUUGAGCAAAGAAUCGGAAUUGGCUGCCAAGUGAAGCUGCCAUCCCCAUUGGGUAAAUUUCCAUGAUACAGUGUUCUGAAAAGAUCCAUUAUUAUAGUGCACAUAAAGUGAUCCAAGUUAACAUGCAAAAAUAAUAAUAUGAAAUUCGUCCUUGAUAUGUAGAACCAAAAAGGGGAUAGUGAUCACUUGGAAAAAAAGGGGAUAGUAAUAUUUGUGCGCAUGAGCAGUACUCAUACUCAAGCUCCAUACAUAAGUAGCUUUAUUAGUGUUAUUUAAUCUUAAUAAGACAACAACAAGGUUAUUUAUCCAUACAUAUUUUAUUAGGGGUAGUCCUAUGCUUGAUCUGUGGGCUAAGGAGAAUUUCAUGUUUGUCCCUUCAGAUUUGAAUGGGUUCAAAGGAAACAAUUUUGUAAUUUCGCUUCCUCAUGAUGCAAGUGGACCUUCUAGAAGUCGGAAAGUUACUUUGUAUUUUGGAAUGUUUGGAAGUUCCUGAUUCUUUCAUGCAGCUAAAAGGGCAACAACAAACAGGUCUAUAAACAAAACACAUUAUCUUGCUCCUUCCAAUUCAUUUCCUUUUGCCAGCAUCUUAGAUAUCAUUGUUUAUUCUCUCCUUGAUCCUCUGUGUGGAACAAAGAGGCAAGAAGAAUAAGUCCUUUUUUGGUGGCGAAGGGGCAGUGCAAAAGUACAGCUCAUUCCUUGCACGACUGGUAGAUUCGAGUCAUGUGCAGCUCCUAAUUCCCUGAAUAUACGAAAAUCAGUUCCGAUUGAUGAGGAUAUCGGCAUCAGAUCACCCAAUGACUCAGAUUUGCCGGGUCAUUGCAAGACCGAUGUUGUGCAGAGUCAUUUGGAUUUCACAUGCUCUCUGAUUUUGAAGAUACGCCAUAAUCUGAAAAGAAGAUUGGAAGUGCCCACCUGUGAAUCUGUGAUGUCUCUGGUUUCCUCAGUUCUCAGUUUGUCUAGAUCUAUAUCACACUGUUUGGGUACUCGGAGCUCUUUCUUCUAUACACUCGUUCGCGAAAGGUAAAUGAUUGGUGCAAUUAUUGUGUAUCAGUGGCUUUGUUUCAAUUUGAUGAUGUGGUAUCAUAAGUAUGAAACAGACACGAAGGUUGCGGGCAGAUGCUGUUGAAAUAGGGGUGAUGGAAAGCUGUACAUUUUGAGUAUAAGAUGACAAGCAAUCGGGAUACACGGAGGACUGGAGGCAUUGUCCAAUCCCUUUUAAGCAUUUAAAAAUGUCCAGAUUCCCUCCAUCAUGGUCGUGCAAGCCUCUCCUUGCAACUCUAGUUUAUUGGGAGUGAAUUAUUCCAUUCCAACAACAUUCUCCACAAUUCAUAAUGCCUGAUCCUGUAUUAAUUGCUAAGAUAAGCCCAUGUUUGUCCUGGCUUUGAUUUGAACCUCAGAGGCAUGUUUUUUUCCUUGCCCUAUUGGUGCAUCGACGUUGCGGGAGAAUUCUCUGCAAUCAUUGUAACCGGCCUUGGGACACUUGCCACUCGAGCUUUGAUUGGCUUGACUUCUGAAGAUGUGUGAUCUUGGAUAAUUCACUAUCUUGUUGUCUACCAACUAGCAGUUGAAGUUUUCUAAACUCAUUAUUUGCCCAUCCCCAGGCCAUACUUGGAAGGGUCGUUGUCAGCACAGGUCAUACCCAGCCGUGGGUGUCCAUUUCUCUAAGCAUGAUCCUGCAUUUCUUAAUCCUGCAGCUGCUCUGUUUUCCUUCAGCAUUCUCAUCAGUAUAAAUGCACCUGUCCUAACCUGCAUUUUUGCUUCAGGAAGCACAAGUGUAUCAAACAGCCAAGUCCUCUCUCACACCCUACACUUAUAUCAGGAUGGAGUCUGGAGGAGUGAUUACUGAAGCGGGCUGGGACUCGCUUGGCCUGACGUCGCAGGCGGAGGAGUCGGAGAUGAUGGAGCAGCUGCUUGGCACCUUCCCCUCCAACGGCGAGGAAGAACACCAGGAGCUGCCUUGGUCUGUUCAGGCCACACAUGCAUACUAUGCCCACUGUAACGGUAGCUCUAAUGCAUACAGUUCCGCUAGUAGCAACAGUGUUGGUAGUCUCGUCCUUGAUAUGCCGUCGGAUUAUGGGGGCUUCUAUUUGGGCGACUCAAAUGGGAUUGGCUCCUGUACCGCAGCACUUGACCUGAACAUGGUUCAGGAGCAAGGUGCGGCUCAGUUUAUGGAUGCCAUCUUCAACCCUUCAUAUGGGAAUGGCGAUUCAAGCUGCGACGAUCUUGGAGACUUGAGCAUGAACCUGCUCGACUCCAUCGACACGUCCAACAAGAGAAAGCGCCAGGAUCAGGGGAAAAUAGCUGACCAAACAAGUGGUCGGAAAUACUCAAGGAAGGCCGACUCGAAGCGGACAAAGAAGGCCAUGCAAUGUGAAGGUGACGAUGGCACCACUACUGACACAAACAAGCAAAGCUUGAGCUGCUGCACGUCUGAAAUUGACUCUAAUGCUUCUCAAGAGCCUCCUGUUGCCUCUAAGCCGAAGAGCAAGGCUCAGGCUGGCCGCCAGACAACAGAUCCCCAGAGCCUCUAUGCAAGGAAAAGAAGAGAAAAGAUCAAUGAGAGGCUGAAGGUACUACAGAACCUUGUUCCGAAUGGAACCAAAGUAGAUAUCAGCACUAUGCUUGAAGAGGCAGUGGAGUAUGUGAAGUUUUUGCAGCUUCAAAUUAAGCUCCUCAGCUCUGAUGAAAUGUGGAUGUAUGCGCCAAUUGCGUACAACGGGAUGAACAUUGGAAUCGACUUGAACCUCUCUCAGCACUGAUAAGACACUUCUAACAGUCUAAAAAAACAGCAGCUAUAUACUUAAAAACGUGAUUUGGGUUAAUUGGCUCAAGUGUUCGUUACUAACGCGCAAGUGGUUUCUGAUCAAUAAGCUAUUCCGGGCAGUUGUAUCUCUCUCAGGCGUAAAUAGAGGCUGAAUACAAUGUUCUCCAGAAGCUUUUUUUGUAACUCCGGUUACUAAAGGAGUGUCAUGUAUGGCCCGGAAAAUACGCGAAAAAGACGAAUACUGAAUGUCGGAAGAGGCUCUGCAACUUGUGAAGACAAGGAAGGGCAACCUGUUCUUUUUCUCCUUACUUCAGAUGCGACUUCGCAUGAGAAGGCCGUGUCGUUUUUCUUCUUAUUUUUUCAGGUUUGCUCUAGUAGCAAAUUUGUGUCUUCACUAAAUACAGUGUUUAUAGCGUAUAUAAUGUGGUUAGCUGGAACUUGGGCGGUUGUCAGACAGCUAAUAAUGUAAGAUCGUGGCAUGAUGUGGCAGUUGUCAUAUAACAUGUUUUGUAAUGAUUACUGUGAUCACGUCAUUUUCUGCUAUACAGUUUGUGUUGAAACCUCAA